CCUGCCCGGCCGGCGCGGGCCCAUGUUCCCCGAGCUGCGGAGCCGGCCGGGGCCCCCGCGGGGUCGCGCCGCGGCGGUGCGCGCGGGCCUCGGGGAGCGCCGCGAGGCGGACGGAAUCUCUCCUGCGGGGCUCCGGGGGCCCACAUGGGGUGCUGGGUAUUGAACCUGGGUCAGGCACAUGCAGCCACUGCCCACUUCAGCUUCUGCCGGACCCUCCUGGAGCACACAGUGUCGGCGGAAAGCAUCUCCUGCCCACUGCCGCGGGCUGCGGGCAACAGCCUCACGUGGCAUGACUCUCGGAGCCAGAAGGCGGCUGGCGGCCACGCUGUCAAGCUCCUGCAGCAGCCUGGCACCCAGGCCCCCCAGGGCCGGCUGUACCCUGACCACUACGGCCUAUACCACACGAGCCCCUCGCUGGGCGGCCUGACCCGGCCCGUCGUCCUGUGGACCCAGCAGGACGUCUGCAAGUGGCUCAAGAAGCACUGUCCUCACAACUACCUCGUCUACGUGGAAGCCUUCUCCCAGCACGCCAUCACGGGCCGGGCCCUGCUGCGCCUGAAUGCGGAGAAGCUGCAGCGGAUGGGGCUGGCGCAGGAGGCCCAGCGGCAGGAGGUGCUGCAGCAGGUCCUGCACCUGCAGGUGCGGGAGGAGGGGCGGAGCCUGCAGCUGCUCAGCCAAGCUUCCUUCGGAAACCGGGCCUAGCAGCCCCCGACGCCCACCGCAGACCCCAGCACUGUGACCGGCGCGCGAGGACGAGGCGCCGCCCACCGGGGCGGGCGGGUCUCGGGGCGGGACCCCCCUGGUGCAUGCGCAGGCGGGCCCGGCUGCGAGCCGCCCCGUCCCCCGCCGUCUGCCUGUCUGUCGGCAUCUCUGCUUCCCUGUUACUGACGACCCCCGCUCGGGACCAGGAUCGAAGGCACCCGGCCCGGCCCUGGAGCCCGGCCCGGGGACCGGGAGGUGGGGCUGGACCCCCUCGGGCGGGUGGGGGGCGGCGGGGACGGGUGCCCCCAGCCGCGGCCCGCCCUCCGGAGUGCCCCCCUCGAUUCGUGCCACUUUCCUACUCUUGCCAAUAAACCUGGUUCCGACUUGC